AAAUCAUAAAUUGUAUUCAUAAAUCGAAUGUCAUCUUGAUCGUUAUUAAUGUUUCUUGAAAUUGCACUAUUUUUAAUUAUUCGAAUGUAACGUUAAGUGAUGAAAAAUUUAUUGUACAUUGACAAUUUGUGACGUAAUAACCACUUGAUUGAUAUCACUCUUCCACAAAGUGAGAUCUAUUCGUAAGAAUUAUUAUUAUACUUUCUCUAGUAGAUUCUUGUAUAAUUGAAAUGAUGACAAAUUAGAAAAUGUCGUGUAAUACGUGUCAAACGAAGUUUUCAUUCUUUAAAAAGGAACAUGCUUGUCCUACUUGUGGUUUCUCGCAUUGUAGCAAGUGUCUAAAAUAUCAACAUAAUGUACCAAGUAAAACAGUAAAGAAGAUCUGUGGACGUUGUUACCACAAGAAUAAAUCUAUAAAUAAAUUAAGUAACAAUAUGGAAUCUCCAUCUUCUGAUUCUUCAGAGGCUCCUUUAGCUCCAAUUGACAUUGUAAGGAAAUUGGAUUCUUUAGAAAAUCCAGCUAAGCCUCCUAUCGUUAUGUACACUCACGCGAAUCAUUGGGAUAAAUUUAAAACUGGUAUGGAGCCUGCCGAUCAAGAAAUAGUAGAUCGAUUGAGAAAAUUGAAAGGAGAAGAUAAUAAAGUACGACUUCCUAGCAUAGAAGAGAUCAAGAGAAGGUUGGCAAUAUUGAAAGACGAAGAACCCGAAGAGAAAACCAUAAAUAUUCAUCAGGUAGAUAGCAGAACGGAUCAAGAGAAAACUGACGAUUUAAUAAAAGAAUAUCUUGAAAGACUUAAAUUAUCUUCGAAAAGCAAUGCCGAUAAAGAAAUUGAAGCACGACUGCGAGCGCUACAAGAUAUUAAUAAUUCUAAAUCUAACUCCAGUCAAAGUCAUAGUUGUAAUGACUUUGAUGACGAAGACGAACAUGCUGUGACGAAGAAAAUCAUUGAAAAAGCAAUGGCUGAAGUAGCUCUCGAACAAAAAUAUGACGACCUGGAUGAACUUGAAGAAAUGGAAGUAGAGACUGGAACUCCAAACGAUGACGAAGAUGAAAAACCUUCUUGUGUGAUGUGCGAUCAAACGGUUGAUUUGAUGAAAUGCAAAGGAUGCAGUGGUGAUCUUUAUUGUUCAAUAUGUUUCGAAGAUAACCACGAUGACUUUGAAAUGAAAAAGCACAAAAAAGUGCCUUUUAAGCCUACCAACGGGAUGAUUCCAGAAUAAAUAUUUUACGAAAUAUUAAUCACAUAAAGCAAAACAUUGGUCUCUUUGAUAUUUGGGACGCUUUUGAUAUUCUAUGCACGUUUAAUAUCACUUGCUCGUCAUUUUUAAUAACUUUAAUAUUACAAUAUUAUAAUUUAAACUAUAAUAAAUGCUUAAACAUUAUCGGUCAGCAAGAAAUCAUAUGACGUGACUUUGGAUGUAACGUAGUCUUUCAUUAAUAUUUUUAAAAAUGGUCGGAAAAGAAAAAUAUACUUUGAUUUCUAUAAUCAAUUAUUAUUUUGCAUAAUUUAGAAACAAGUGCACUUUUAAAUGUAGUAUGUUUUAUGCUACACAUACUGCAAACAGUAAGUGUUCAAUAAGUAGAUUCAUAGAGUUUUUGCAGGUUAUUUAUAGAAAAAGCUUUAACAUAGAAAAAAUCCCAUAAGACAAAAAAUUUAACGUAGUAGUAAAUUUAUACAUAUAAAAAAAUUAUAAUCAUGUGGUAAACUAAAAUUGCACAACUAUUCUAAUAAAUUAACUUACUACUAUAGUAAACAUUUUACAAGUCACUAAAAA